UAAACUGACCACAGCGUUACCGAUUGACAGGCACACGAGAGAGACCACACUAUAACGCCUGUAACAACUUUGGCUUUGCUUAAUAGAUAUCUGUUUCUUUCAUACAGAAGAAACACCUGCAGCCUAUCAUCUAUUCCCCCAAAUUUACCGAGAUGGACGUUUUAAAGUUUGUGGUUUUGAUAGUUGCAGUUUUUGCGCAGGUUUACUGUGCCCUGGGAACCCCAACCAGCGACGAUGGAGAUAUUUGGUCGAUUGAAAACUGGCAGAGGGAUCCGUUGGAGAGUGGCUUGGCCUUCCGCGUGGCUGACCUCACCAAGAGGUCCGAAUUGCAGCAGUUUCAACAACUCGUGGGGCAAAGCUCAGGGAAUAAAGCAGACAUGUUUAUUGGACUCAUGGGUCGAAGGUCCUCAAGUCGAGAGUCACAAGAGGAAUGGAACAAGCCCCAGUAUUACUAGAGAUGAAGAUCUUGAUUGUUCAAAGUUACUGUAAUAAUCAAUGUUGCUCAAAUUAUUAAUCUAGGUCAAAGCAAUCCAAUACAUGCAACAAAGCUUAAUUGAUGUAACAUAAGUAAGGAAUGUGUAAUGAGGGUCAAUAAUGAUUUGACCCAUGUGUUUAAAAACUGGGUCGGGGAUUUGCUGCAACUAAUUGACAUUGUAUGCCUUCCUUAACUGUAUCAUUCUGUACUCUCCUUUGCAAUACAAGCUGCUUGUCAUGUUCAA